AGGAUACCGUAGUGGAGUCGGUGGACGUCCACACAAAACGGGGAACAUUUUCUUUUACCCAACACCAGGCUCCACCUUUACAGUCACACAAGAAACAUGUUGGAAAGAAAACCGAUGGCAUCUGCGUUCCGAGCUGGAGGACGUGCAGUAGAAGUGCGUAAGAGCCGAAAGUUUCGUGUUGAUGAGGCACAGGCUGCUGCUGAUGCACGCAGCUCGGUCCGGCAAAUGUACCUCAGUGCACGACGCAUGUAUAUGGCGAUUGGUAUGGUCGAUCGUAGAGUGAGAAAAUCUAGUGACGGUGUCUAUACGGAUGGAGAUGACGAGGAGGUACCGAAGGCAGAUGGUUGGAAUCCUUCAGAUAAUGAAAGUGCUCAAUCAAAAAACGCAUUGCUUCCCAGAGCGCAGGGAUUGCGCCCAAAAUCGGCACCCAGCGUUGGCUUUGCGAAACCAUCGCAGCCUUAUUAUGCAGAGGGGUCCAUCCCUACUCGUCCUAGGAGUGCAUUUUGUGGGCGGCGUACUGCAUUCAAUCGAGCACCGACUACAGAGCCCGAAAACUUGAGUGAUGAGGAUGCCAGGAGUCGCCCCGGAACUGCUACUACUGUCGGGUCCUACUCUAUGGCGAGUGGUAGCGCGCCUGGUAGUAGGCCUUGGUCUGCGGUGUCUACAGCACGGCCCACAUCUGCAGCUUUUCGGCCAUUAUCCGUAAGUAAUGCAGGUCGAUGGCAACGACGACGUCCCGUCUCAACAUCGUCAGACGUUGAAGUCUUCAGAGGCGAAGAGGGAGCUACUGAGUAUGGCGCAAGUGAUGGAGAUGCAUUACGGUCGGAAAAUGCUGAAGCAAGGGCCGCGUCAAGGGAGCGGCCACAAUCGUCUCCGAUACUACGCAAAGAAUCAGAUGGAUCGCCGCUCUCCAUCACAACUCGUCUGCGCCCAUGCUCAGCGGCACCUGCGGGGUUGAAGCGCGCACCAGUGGGACGGAAACGACCAGCGUCAUCAUGUGGUGCAAAACGUCAACUGGGGCAACGUUUAUCGAGUAUGACAAGUUGGACGACGCAGGACAUUGAAGCCGUUGGAGCUGCAGAAAGUUUCAGGAGGUUAGAGCUGAAUCACCUGAAGUCGAGAAACCGGCUGCGAAGCGUCAGUAGUGGACGUGACAGGUCAAAUAAAAGGAGGUCUCAUUCUGCAAUGGUACGCGGGAGUCCAGCACCAGCUGCUGCAACCUCAUCAUUUAGCACUGCAACUGCAAAAUCCGGGAGCAAGACAGAGCGACGCAGCGUGUCUGCACAUGGACAGCGACCCGUAUCCGCAAGUCGCUGGGGAAAAGGCGCACUCGACGCAAGACGCGUUCGAGCUGCAGCGCUUCAUAGUGGAGUGCUUUCUCCACUAACGAAAGCAAAAAUUUACGCAGACUACCGAUACUAUGAAGAGGAUGAUGAUCAUAGUGCUGGUUACAUGGAGGAUACAAGAGCGAGGAGCAGGAGGGGCUGUACGCGUAGGAGAGGACAAGCGCGCGGCGCGAGUUCUCCAUCAUUUCAGCGAGAUGUGACACUACGGGGAGGAAUGACAGCGGCUUCAUCGUCAACGGCUCUACAAAUAUGGCAUAGUGUGCCGGAUUCUGAGGACGUUCUGCGAGUUUUGACGCACAUAAAGCAACCGUGCGGCUCAGCGUUUUCUUCCCAUUCCGGAUUCGCGUCGUCCUGUACCUACAGCGCGCGUGGCUUCUCGAUAGCGGGACGCUUCUUCACAGAUGUACAUGGCGAUUACACAUCGCGACUCAGGGAUGGGGUUCACACGGUCGAAGCGCCGCAGAGCUCCACGAGCUGUCAGGAAACCACUACAGAUGAUGAGGCUGCUCGUCAAGAAUCUCAUGUACUAGAAUUAUCUCAGAGGGAGUCGGGAAGGGGAACAGAGCCAAAAGUUGAAGUACCUGGUGUGUCAGCAGUGGAUGGUCAAGGUAAAGGGCAAGGAGCUGUAGAUGUAGGAGCAGCAACAGGUGAAUUGAUUAUUUCAGGAGCGGGAGCACAUGACGCAGGGAACGAAAACCACGGAAGUCAAGUGCUAGAGCCAUCUUCUUCAUCUUCGAGGAGCAAUAAAGUACGUGAUGGUCGUGAGCUAGACGAACAAGGACAAAGAGCGGUGGAAAAUGUGAACAUGUUAGGAGAAGCUAGUGCUGAGAUUGUGACGAGCGCAAUCGACGAAGCCGUGGUUGAGCAUGCUGAGAAAACGUUGGGCUGUUUUUCGGAUUGUUUUUCGGCUCAGUCUUCAGCGAGAAGUGGCGCGACCACGCAGCGGGACAGAAGUAGCCACCAUGCACCUCCAACGGCUCGCAUGGGUUCGGAUGGACAGACGCAACCUGGUUUGAUAAGACAUCACUCAUUCUCUUCCUCGAGUAGUCCUACGAAACUGCUCAAUCCUGAAGAUGAGUACUACAAUUUUACCUCUUCUGGAUCAUACCAAGACACGACUAGCACGCCAGCAACGUCGUCAAGACGGCGACCCUUUAGCGCUCACGCACCACGCAGCGACCGUCCGGACCAUUCAGGUGCAGGUUUGCGUUCUCAUGGCCCUGCUCAAAGAGGUUGUGCAUCCCCAAGUGGAAGACGCGGACCUACACACUCACUAUUUGGCCCCGAAAUGGACCGUUUCACCCACUUGCCAGAGUCAAUUUUGAACCGGUUCUUGACGGGCAGCGGUGGGCCCAUUCCUUUUGGAGAAAGCGUGUAUCCUGUGAUUGCGCGGAAACGGCCGAAAAGUGCAGGCGCCCGCAUCUGUGAAGAGCGGUGCAAGCGGCGAAAGUCUCUCUUCAAGGUGCGAGACAAGCUCCCACAAGCAGUCCGAAAUCGCGUUCGCCAACACGAAACCUACGAUCAGAUCUUCUCCUACUACGCGUACUACGCGACGCCACCACGCUGGUCGCUCGGAGGGAGGUGGCAUGCACCGAAACCACGCGAAGCCUUUUGGGAUUCUCAUGACCGGCCAGCGGUGCCUGCCUACUACGGCUAUUCCCGCAAGCACGGUGGACAUCAAAAAAGGCCACCAAAAUGGACUGUCGGGUACAACCUCUUUAUUACAGAAUACAGCAUUCAUUUAAAUGAUAUAUUAAAAAUGGGACUCGGACUCAUUAUCAUUUUCGAUGAAACAUGUUAAUAAAACUGCAGACUUCUUCGCAAUUCGACGCUUGUUCCUGGCGCAGAUAAUCCAGCUCCCGGACAUACCUAUAAAGACCGCAUUCGCUACGUUUCUGAGCCGUAUAUUACGCACACGAAGAUAUUCGCGGGCACUGAACGCUUCAACGAUUAUGACACGGGCCGUUUGAACGAGAGUGGGCCCAAACGACAACCUGGGCCUGGUCAUUACGGCUACCCCGACUACCACCCUUUUCCACUGCGGACGCCUUCUCGAGGUUUCUCGAUCUUCUCAAGGCGUGGAGCCACCAAUCUUUACAACAAUUUCCUAAAUCCUGGCCCAGGGCACUACACGUUGCCAACGCACAAUGACGACCCUUCGCGCGUACGCACUAUGGAGGUCAAGUUUAGACUCACUCCGGACGAUAUGGAGGAGUUGCGCCGCAAGCAGCGCGCCGACGAACCGGGUCCGGGCAAAUACAAUAUUCCCUCUGUUCUCCUCGAGAAACAUCCCACGAUUCCUCUAGCACCUAGGGCAACGAUAAAGGUGCCCUUUGAACGACCAGAAAACUUUUAGAGCGCUUACAAGAACUGCUCGAGACUUAGGAGAUAAAGGUAGUGACUACUGACUAGCGUAUCAUUGAGAGUGGUCUUCCUAAUAUCAACAUCACUGCAUGGGCUAUUCGCAUAUUAGUUACCAAUACCACUGGGGGGGAUUGUUAACACUAAGGCCAAGAUAACAUAUGAGUGUAGGCGUCUUGCAUAUUUCAAAAAAAUUCAAUUUUGAAGUUAGGUACUACAAACAGGCAACUUAUCAGACACAAACAUGUCAGAGUACUUAAUUUAAUAAUACAACUGCGUCUGGUUACCGUUACGUUGAGUCGUGCUCAUCACGACGAAUAUGAGUGAAAAAACGCAAUGACAAUGAGGUUGGGAGGGUGAAAUGACUAUAACAGAACUUCUUUGCAUACAUUAAAUGAACACGAUGAUGAUCUAGUAGUAUGAAAUAUCAAUUAUUGUUGCAUCCUAGCAAGCUUAAUGCGAUUCACAGGACACAGACUCCAUCAAUGAACUACGAGUAGUCUCCACUGGUUCUGAUUGUGGACUUUUUCGAUUUUGUUUCUCACCCUAUGAGUAUGAGUAAGAGUAUUGAGCAGAUGAAACACAAGCAAUUAUUUAGUCUAUUUGAUCAAUGUUUACCAUCGAAGUUUUAUCUAUUUCGAUUUGAGAAUGCUGAUGAAAGUUUUUGAGCUAGUUUUUCUUUUCGUCGUGAACAAUUCAAAUGCGUGUCCACGGUCCGACGUGGUCUCAUCUAUUACUAUUUGACCGCUCGGUAUGAUGUUGCAGGGAGAUGCACAGGUCUUGUUCUAGCUAGUGAGUACUCGAGGAGCACUGCUUGCGCGUGAUUAUACGUGGCGUUGGCGGUAGUGGUAAUGAAUUGCAGCGAGGAAACGAGUCGCCAGCUGAUGAAGUACUCUCAGUGUUCCACUCUGAUCAACAGGACAGUCACAACACACAGGGUCACAGCAUCGGGGAUUGUACUGUGUGCUGUUUGAUGUAACCCCGUUCAACCAAAAAACAGGUGUUUUUGUCUGUCAUCAUUAUAGUCAUUUCCGUUCCGUGAAAAAAGUCGUCGAGGACCGUUUCAUGCCGCGUGUUCAUGUGGAUGACGAUGUGAAGUAGACAAGGAUCCUUUCACCAGCGAUCCUGUUUCUCAAUGUAGUGGUGCCUUGGU